AUGCAUCAACCAUAUCAACAGAAGUACAACCACCACUUGCUAGGCGAUCCGUUUGCUGCAAUGUUAACGGCGACACAAGAUGCACUAGCUAUUUUCCAACCAAGACUACAAAAACAACAGAUUUCACAAUUGGAGUCACAGCCACCGCCGACAUCAACGCCUACCCAGAUCCUAACACAGACGCAGACAGCGAUUCAGUCACAGUCGCAACCUCAGUCGCAGACACAGCCGCAGCAACAGCCAUUACCAAAACAGCAUCAACAACAACAACGGCAGCAGUCAACGCAGCGUGAAGCACAGCUGCCGAUAACGCAGCCGCCUAUGUCUCCAGCGCACAUGUCGUCACCCAUGGCGUCCAGCCCAACGGUGACAGCGCAACAACAACAACUUCAGCAUCAACCGCUGCAAAUCCAGCAACAUCAGCUGCAUCAGCUACCACAACAGCCCCCAACACCGACAUCAACACCUUCACAUCAUUUGGCUAACAUUUUGAACGAAACAGCCACCUCAAACGGCUCUUCCACAUUGGCUGUGGUGGCCAACGACAGCAACAGCAGCAGCAGCAACAGUUCGACCAUAAAGGCAAAGCUCUGA